AUUUUAAUUUAUGAAUUAGCCUUAUCUUCAUCCAGCAAAUCAAAUAAUUUAAGAUUAAGCACCAAAGGAAACCCUUUAUAUAACUGGAUUGAAUGAUAAGAUUAAAUUAGAGGAUAUGAAAUUUGUUUUAUAUAUACUUUUUUCAUAAUUUGGAGAGGUCCUGUAAAUGGUUAUGAAAAAAACAUAAAAAUUAAGAGGUUAAGCAUUUAUAGUAUUUUAAAAUAUUACAUAUGCUACUAAUGCUAAAGCAGCAUUAUCAGGUAUGAUUGUUUAUGAUAAACCAUUGGUAUCAAUUACUAAUAUUUUAGAUUAUUGAAUUUGCCUAUAAGAAGAGUGUUAUUUUUGAUAGAAUUGAAGGCAAAUUCUACUAUAAAUAAAAAUAACAUAAAGAAUUGUAACCGAAUUUACCUAAUGAGUUAAUGAAGGAAAAAAAAUAAAAAAAAUUUGAAGACAAAAUACAAAAUAAUAGCAAUUUAAAUUAGGGAGAAAUCAAUAAUGUUUUAUUGAUAGAAUCAUUGCCACCAUUUGUUACAGAAAUCAUGUUAUCAGAGUUAUUUAGGUAAUACCCUGGUUAUUCACUCAUUAAGUUGAUACCUGCUAGAGGCUUGGCAUUUGUUGAAUACUAGAAUGAUGAUUAAGCGACAGUUGCAUUAAAGGGCUUAAGCAACUUUAAAAUCACUCCUGAAUGUCAAUUAAAAGUUAAAUAUGCUAAAAAGUGAAGAG